GAUAUAACCCCACACACGGUCGGACGCUUGGAACGUACUGGAAAUACAGAUAGGCUCCUCUACAACCUGUCACCCCGACCCCAUCGCGGCCGACCGCGGGACAACGUAAACCUCGCCGGUAGAGACUUCCAAGAAUGGCGAUCACGAUCUCCCGCCGCGCCCUUCAGGGGGCAGAGAAGCAGAUAUUCGACUUCAUGGCAGAGACCUGCACACCCGAGCAAUGGGCGGCCUGGCUCAGCGCUGCUGUGGUGAACGCCGCUGACAAAGGGAAGGCAGGUCUCGUACAGAAGCUAGUGAAGGCCGGAGCAGAGAUCGGAGUUGCAAUGCACGCGGCGGCGUUGCGCGGCGAUCAGGACGUCGCCAACAGUCUGCUGCAGAACGGAGCAUCAAUCAACGACACCUUUGAUGGCUUUACCCCGCUCCACCUCGCUGCUAUGCGUGGCAGAACAGAGAUGGCACGGUGGUUGCUGCUGGAAGGAGCUGAGAUAGAUGCUGCGGGCCCAAAAGGGACGACACCUCUUCAUUGCUCGAUUGAACGCGGGCAUAUCGCCGUAGUGAAACUUCUCCUGGCAUCCGGUGCCGACGUUGCCGUUCGACAGGGUGAUCAUGGUGUCACGCCCAUGGACGCUGCCGUCGACGGUGGUUUUAUCGGUAUCAUGAAAGCUUUGAUCGAGCACGGUGUUGAUGUCAACUUGGCCUGCACCCUACAUGGUGCGCCUUCGCUGGACUACGCAGCGUACAAUAACAACGUUGAGGCGAUUGGCGUCCUCGUGGAGGCGGGGGCCAACAUCCAAGCAACUCGAAUCAAUGGCGAGACACCUCUUCAUGCGGCUGCAGGCAAGCUCAACUUUGAGGCGACGCUUGCGCUACUGAAGCACGGCGCAGAUGUGCACGCACUCGGUCAGGCCAGGUGGACUCCGUUACACUCUGCAGCACACUCGGCUGGUGACGAAGGCGCUGUGGAGGUAGUGGAUCUCCUGCUGAGGUGGAACGCAGACGAAACAGACGAUGAUGCCUACGGUCACACACCCGGCAACAUUGUCGGAUGCAUGACUCCAGAAACGGACAGUAUGUUCGUGAACGUCCAACGCGUGUGGAAGCUGUUGCAAUACGCUCCGCAAGACCGAGCAUGGCGUCGCCGAGGUAUGCUAGUCCUGUGCCGUGCUCACCCCGAAAGGUUGGGUCUACGGCAGAACGCCAGCCACGUGCAAGAGAGUACGGUGCUGCGGGUAACUCGUAGCCGGACCAAGCUGGUCGAGAGGGAACAAGUAGCCGGCGGCAGCGGGGAAGGUGCUGCGGCGGAUGGCAGAACCGCUCGCGAGUGGUCGAAUAUGGUGUACAGGGUCCUUGGAUUGGACGAAGGCAUCUUUCGGACGAUUGUAGGGUAUUUGUGAUUUCGAUGAGAUCAGCUGCUUUAGUCUUGUCAUGCUGGGGCUGGGUUUACGCCAUUCAGUACAAAUAGUGCAGACUAGUGAGCAUGCCUUUGUUUUUUUUCGUGUUUUUUUCUGUAUCGUAACGCACUACAGAGGCACGUUGGUGUGAUGAGUGUGCCACUAGAAAUUCAUCAACCUACCCUUGU